UUUUCACAAAAAUCUUCAAUCAUUUCAUUAUAAUCGUCAAAUUCCUUGACGUGGCAAAUUAUUAAAUUCACGAUAAGAGAUAAGGAUUUAACCAUUUUACAAAGCACGAAUUGAUCAUUUCUCUUUUUCAUUUGUCGAGUGUGAUCCAGUUCAAAGGAACAUUAAAAUGGGGGAGAAUAGUAUACUGGAAUAUCUAAUGGUGAAUCAUCGUUGGAUAUUUGUAAUAUUUUUUUUACUACCCCUUUCAUUUGUUUAUGAAAUUUUCAACUAUACGAGAAAUUGGAUUGUUUUUCGUUUAAGUACAGCUCCAACGGAACAUGGGAAAAAAGUCCGAGAAGUCCAAAGACAGGUAAAAAAUUGGAAUGAAAGUGGAAGAAAGCAACAAAUGUGCACUGCUCGACCAACAUGGCAAACAAUGAGUUUUCGUCAAGGAACGUAUAAAUCUUCAAUGUUUAAUGUUAAAGUCAAUUUAAUUGAUGUUCUUGAAGUGAAUGUGGAGAAAAAGUUUGUUCGUGUAGAACCAUUAGUUUCAAUGGGACAACUUUCAGCAACUUUAGAUCCUUUGGGAUGGACAAUUCCAGUGGUUCCAGAACUUGAUGAUUUAACUGUAGGUGGAUUAGUGAUGGGUACAGGUGUUGAAUCAAGUUCCCAUAAAUUUGGUCUCUUUCAACAUAUUUGUCGAGCCUAUGAAAUUGUACUUUGCGAUGGAUCAGUUGUAAAAUGUACAAAAGAAAGUGAUCCUGAUCUUUUUUAUGCAAUUCCCUGGUCUUAUGGUACACUUGGCUUUCUUGUUUCUGUGGAAAUUGAUAUUAUACCUGCAAAAAAAUACGUAAAACUUGAAUACGAACCAGUUACAAAUUUAAAACAAGCAAUGGAAGUUUUUAAGAGACAAACUUAUGCAAAGGAAAAUAAUCAUUUUGUUGAGGGUCUUAUGUUUUCUAAAGAAACAGGUGUCAUAAUGACAGGAAACAUGGUUAAUGAAGUAGAAGAGAGUUUAGUGAAUCAAAUUGGUCGCUGGUACAAACCUUGGUUCUUUACUCAUGUGGAGAAAAAAUUGAAAGGUGGUCCACUAGUUGAAUAUAUUCCAUUACGUGAUUAUUAUCAUCGUCAUUCGCGAGCCUUAUUUUGGGAGAUUCAAGAUAUCAUUCCAUUUGGAGACAAUACUGUGUUUCGUUAUUUAUUCGGAUGGAUGAUGCCACCGAAAGUUUCACUUCUAAAAUUAACACAAACCGAAGGAAUUAAGAAAAUGUAUGAAAAUAAUCAUAUUAUUCAAGAUAUGCUUGUCCCACUUGAUCAUUUGGAAGAAACCAUUUCCAAAUUUCAUGAUAUUGUUAAGGUCUAUCCAUUGUGGCUGUGUCCAUAUAAAUUGACAGCGGAUCCAGGAUUUGUUCAUUCGAGAACAAAUAAAGAUGAUAUGUUUGUCGAUGUUGGUGUUUAUGGAACUCCAAAAGUGAAGAAUUUCGAACCAGUGAAAUCUACAAGAGAAAUUGAAGAUUAUGUUCAAAGUAUCAAGGGUCAUCAAAUGCUUUACGCUGAUACAUAUAGAACAAAAGAAGAAUUUGAAUCAAUGUUUGAUCAUACACUUUAUCGAAAAUUGAGAGAAAAAUUCCAAUGUAAACACGCUUUCCCUGAGGUUUAUGGAAAAGUUAACAAAAGUGUACGAACUUGAUUUUUAACUCUAUUUUGUUCACAAAAAAUAAAGUUACAAAAUUUUUCAAAAACAACAACAAUUUUUUUUUAUUAUAAAAAAAUCUCAUUUUUUAAAAAUAUUUUUUUCAAAUAAACGAAUAAAAUUUAAAUUUAAAUUUU